AGAGAGAGAGAGGAUUAAGCUAGCUCCUGAGGUUGACAGUGAGUACAGGUUUGCAGGAACCCAGAGUGAGGGAGAGAAGCUGCCAAGGAUGUGGAGAAGUUUGUCUUUUUGGCUGCUGGGCACUGUGUUCAGUCUCACAGCCAGCAGCCCCAUAGACACCAGGGCAGACCUGAGCCAAGCACAGAGCACUUACCUGCUGGAUGAUCAACUCCAGAAUGAAGAGACAGCUGACUUCAGCAACCUGCUGGCCAAGAUCAAAGCGGACUUCCUCAAAUCCCUGAAUCUGUCAGCAAGCCCGGGGCUCCCAGGCCAGAGACCACAGCCCCCUGAGUACAUGCUGGACCUGUACAACAGGUUCGCCAACGACAGAACCGCCAGACCGUCCUCCAACGUGAUCAGGAGCUUCAAGAGUGGAGACCUUUCAGUGGGCAACCAAACGGAUAGUUUGAGGAUCCAUCAGCUGCUCUUCAAUGUGUCAGUUCCUCACCAUGAGGAAAUCACCAUGGCUGAACUCCGCCUCUUCACCCUGGUCAACAUAGAUCAGAAAACAUACCAGGGAGUGGAGAGGAAAGUCACCAUCUAUGAAGUGAACAGUCAGCACGAUGAGAGGACAGGUAAUGGCUCCGCUCUCAAGAAGUUAGCCGAAAGACAAUUACCUGGCAGAGCCAGCAACUGGGAGACAUUUGAUCUGACCGAAGCGAUGAUGAGAUGGUCCAAGUUGGACAGUACCACUCACCGGCUUGAGGUGCAUAUUGAAAGUGUAGAAACUGAAAAGCAGAAUGAGGGAAGCCUGGACAUUGACAUGAAGCCAGAGACAAACCAUGUGCCCUUGCUGAUUGUCUUUUCUGAUGACAGAAACAGCAUCAAGAAAGAGGCGAUUGAGGAGUUGGAGCAGAUGAUUGACCAUGAGAAAGAUGUGGCCUUCCAGAGUUUCAACAGGGAAACCUUCAGCUUGAGUGAAGAAACCUUGCUGCAGAGGCAGUCAAACAUGCUCUAUGACACUUCCUCCAGGAUCCGCAGGAGUGCAAAAGGCAGCUACUGCAAAAGGAGCCCCCUCUACGUUGAGUUUAAGGACAUUGGCUGGGACUCCUGGAUCAUAGCCCCCUCAGGGUAUGAAGCAUAUGAGUGCAAAGGCUUCUGCUACUACCCACUGACUGAGCAAGUCACCCCGACUAAGCAUGCGAUUGUUCAGACACUGGUCAAUCUCCAGAACCCCAAAAUGGCAGCCAAGGCUUGUUGUGUGCCCACUAAACUGGACCCCAUCUCCAUCCUGUAUAGGGAUCAUGCAGGUGCAGUCACCUAUAAGUUCAAAUAUGAAGGGAUGGUGGUGGCUGAGUGUGGUUGCAGAUAGUACAACAGAAUCUUGACAAAGUCCCUCUAAUAUAUAUCAGUCUCCAAAGUAUUUAAGAACUAUGGUUGUAAAUGUGUACAUUUUUUUUAUCUGCCUAUUUAAGAUGCUUAUUUAAGGACCCAUGUACAGCUAAAUCUGAGAUUUAUAAUGAACUGUCUGUUAGUCACUUGUUUGAGAGGUCACAGAAACCAUUCCUAAAAAAAAAGUCUGGGAAAAUUUCACAGCUAAUUGGCAAAAAGAAGCCCCUGAAGAAGAUUGAGAAAUCUCUUCCUUUCCUUUCAAUCAUACUGAAAGUCUUGGAAGCUGUUGUGUCUCUCCUCCACAUUGGAGUUGGAAUGUCUGCACUGUGACAGACACACCUUGCAAUAUUUGACUUUCCAAAUGUUGUGGCAGGUUUUUAAACAUGCUGUUUGCUCAAAGUCCAAGAGGUUUCUCUGCUGGAGUAAUGUCUUGCAUGUAGAGACAGCUGGGUCACAGUGCUCCCCACUUUGGCGCUAUUCCCUGUUUCCAAGCCUCUGAAAGGCUGAGACACACAUGGAGCCCCUGCUUAUCUGAAGGGGAUGGUCAAGACAAACAGGUCUACAAUCCUUGACCGUUUGAAUAUGACUGGCUACUGAACCAUUUCAGGUUGGGCUGCUCAGAUUGGAAAUCACUUAUGUUCUAGAUAUUUCCAAAACAACCUCUUCACGUAUGUUAUAUCACACUUCCUGAGUAGCUGUGCCUUCUAUUUCUACACUACUCCCCACAAGAGUCCAACCUUGAUUUGUUCCAGCUCAAUCCCUGAUGGCGUUGCCCUCAGCAAUAUUGAGUUGAGUCCAGACUUUCCAGGUCAGCUUUCCCAAUGAACACAGUGCUGAACUGAUGACCAGAGGAAAGUUUGUCUUUGUGACUUGAUUGCUGAGGUGAAUCAUCUCCAGAAACCUCUCAAGGGCUGUGAGCUUAAGAAGAUGACAUUAUGUUUCAGAGAAGAUUAGAUGUAGUAUGGGGGAAGAUUGGAACAAAGCUAUUGUGUUGACUUGAAGAGCCAGUCCAGGCACCAAUGGGCUGAAUAUGCUCCUUGUGUACCAGAACAUUUCUGGGAUUGUGUGAUUAGGAUGUGAGGCUGCUCAGUGUCAGUAUUCAGAGGAGGAUUGAGAGAGGUUAGGGAAGGGGUAUCGCAGCACAAAGCUAUUUCUCCCAAUGUUGGAGUCAAGGGCACUGAUUUUCACCCUCUCUUUGAUAUCCAGAAAGAUUGGUGAGAAGAGAUGAUACACUGGUAAUACUCACUGGGAGCUAAGUACCGUCUGUGUGACUUGUAUCACUGUUCCUCACAGUGGAUGGCUUGUAGGCUCAGGUACCAUUUCUUGGAGAGGGAGAUCAUGUUGAAAGCAGUUGAAGGAAAAUCCCCUUAAAGCUGUAUGGUAUCAUCUCACAAUGAAGGGGAAAGGUCAGGGACUGCACAGUAGCUGGAGGAGACAACUGGUGAGGAAGAUUUCGAUGAGUUUUUUCACAGGUGUGUGUCACCAGACCAUGUCACUCAAUGAGCUUGGGUGAUGAGGGAUCAGGGUGUUCUCACUAAGGGAGUUUGAGUUGACAGUGAGAGUUGAGGGAAAGGGUAUGUGGGGAGAUGUUAGGAGUUGGAGUGCAGACAGGCGGUGUAACAGAGAUAUAAGUAGAUGAUCUUGUAGAUGUUCAGCUCAAGGGCAAGGCCAGGUCACAUGUUCAGCUUGGGUCAGUAGCCAGAAAGGAGUCUGUGACCAAGGACAAUGUGGAAUUGGGGCCUACACUGGUGCUGUAGUGACUGGAUGUUUAAUCCUGAGGGCUAUGCUCAUGUUCUGGGGACCUGAGUUCAAAUCUCACGGGAGUAGGGUGAUGAGAUGUGGACUCAAAAAAAGACCUGGUAUCAAAAACUAACUAAUGGUGACUGGGCAACCUGUAAAAAAGCCCCAUUUGGUUCGGGAAGGGAAUCCUUACCUGGUCUGGCCUACGUAUCACUCCAGGCCCCACAGUGAUGAAUCAGAUAUACUGUUAUGAGCAAGGGUCACAGUGAAAUGCUAACCAUUGGGUUUAGUCCAGUUUGGAAGACCCAUAUCCCGCAAAUGAAUCUUAACAUAAGGGCAAAAGACGAGAGUCAGGAGAGGAUAUUGAGAGAGAGUUCCUGGGGAAGGAGAGAUGGGUGUGAUCACUCACUCUGUGCAUGAAGUGACCUUGUGAUGUUAGAGCGGGUGACAGGUUGAUCUCUACGCAAGUGCAAAGGGUCCCCUUCCUGACAACCAAACCAAGCAAUCUGGAUCAAGUCUUCUCAUGGCCUGAGAUAGCAGGAUGACUUCUCUUCCAGUGGGACUCACUGUGAAUGACACAAUCACCUCUUCCCACUGAAUCUGAUCCCCAUCAUGGCUCUCUCUGAGUGUUUCUGUGACCUCCCUUGUGUAUGCUUGUGAGUGUUGUUGUUGUUGUAGUAUAUAUCUGUGGAUAUGUUGGUAGAAAUGGACAUUAUGAAGGAAAACUUGAUAGAGAUUGGCUGAGAUUGGGACUCACCCCUGGCCCUUUCAAAGAGGCAUUCUCAGCAACUUCAUCACCACCGAUAAAUCCAGGGAACUAGUGGGGAUUGGUUCUAUCACAGUGGGAGACUAUUUAACAGCAGUGAGAGAGGUGGUCCCAUUCUAACUGAGAUCUGGUUUACAGGAAUCAGAGUGAAGGCAAGCAGAAUUGCUGAGGGAGUGUCACAGAGCUGCUCAAGAGCCUGGGCCAAGCCAGCCUUGUCCUCUCCUCCAUCAUUUUCCAGUCGAAGAUGAUUGCAGUGUUUUCUGCCCUCCUCUGAGUUAUCCUUGUCAAACAUUGCGCUCAGGAAGGUGGACUACAGCAGGAAUGGUGUUGCUCAGCUCUGAAAAUUUUACACCUUCCAUCUGGAACCACAUGUUGUUCUCUGCCCACUGCAUUAAGUCAGAAUUCGCCAAUUCCUGUCAAACCUUCUCUCUCCCCUUCCCUCUCUGCAUUCACCCCCUGUCCCACAUCAAGGAGAACAGUACUCCAACUCCAACUCCAGGCCAAAGCUCCCUGCCCAUUGAGUUUGGUUCUCUUUUAUUUCACCCAAUCAUUUUCAAAGGUUCAACCUGUAUAAUCAGUGAGUGUCAUCCGGACUGCAUCAUGGCUGUUCUCCACUGGGGUCAGAGAGGGCAAUUUGCUGGAGAAACUCUGCAGUUCUGCAAGUGUCUGUCUAGAGAGGGUGAGUGAGAAAGAAAGACAACAGAGUGAAGGUUUUCAGCCCUGUGUGAGCCAGCUCUGGACCAGGACCCAGAUGGACUGUCUUACAAGCAACUGUGUGUGUGUGAGUGUGUGCGUGAGAGAGAGUGUGUGUGUGUCUAUCUCUCUCUUGCGCGCUCUCUCUCUCUCUCUCUCUCUCUCUCUCUGUCUAUCUGCACAGAGGCUGCAAGAGCUGCUGAGUCUGUAAAGUUUCAGAUCUUCAGCAUCAGCAGUUCUCGGUUUGAUUGUGAGUUGGGUGUGGACCAGUAUUGUUAGAUUUGCCACUUCCUUGUUCAGCAGGUUUGGUGAGGACACACAAACAGCAUUGCAGCCACACACCAUGUCGCAUUUGCAACAUUCUGAUCCUGUGUCGCCUCCACACAGGAAACCUUGCAAAGAAACUGUCUGGUCCUCUCUGGGAUUUGUGACGGAUACCAGCUGUAUUUCUGAACAACCUCUGUCGAGGAGGUUCUGACAACUCCCUGAGAGGGAGGGUGUGUCUCCUCGUUCAGAGGGGGGGACACUACCCCUAGACCCGAGCUUCUGGUGUCAGUUUCCAUUCCACUGGGCCAGCUCACCUCUCACACAGUCCUACCCGACACAGCAUCAAACUGCUGUCACACGCUUCCCCUGGCGAUGAGAGAGAGCCUGAGAUAAGGAGGCGAUAGAAGCUGAGAGAGAUGGGAGCCUGUCAUUUGGUUUAUCCUGAGCUGCGCACUUGUCAGAUUCUUGGACACUUGAGGUUGAUGUGAAAACUCCCUGUUCCCAGCUCUCUUCACCCUUGAGAGUUUUCACACGUCGGGACAAGCUGUCUGACUUCAGGAGUGGUAAUGGACUGGCUUCCGGAGAGUUCUGUCCUCUGAGAACAUGUGCUGGGUACCCUGGAAUCCUUGCAACCUCCCCCAACACAAACCCACUCUGUUCCCACCCUCCACACCCUGCUCUCUUUUUAAUAGGAUUCUGGACAUUCUGAGGAAAAGUCACUGGGACCCCAAACUUGAACACUUGUCUCUCGCUCACUCCACAGAGGCUACCAGUCCUGCUGAGUUCUUCCAGCAAUUUGUCUGUUUGUUUCCUCAGGUCGGUGCUGUGUUUACCUAAACCGUUCACAACGCGGAUGUCGUUAAAUGAGUGAAGCCUUGACACUUCUGAAUCUGGGACUGUUGAGGAUGAGAUCUCCCCGCUGACCUUUGAAAAUCAGUCCAACGUUUGUUUUACUGGUCGCCCCCGCAAUGGUUGUUGGGGGGGGAAAGAAAUAAUUUCUUAAAGAGAUGUGUACUGAGUGAAGCCUCCAUCAGAUUUGAACUUUAUAUUUUCCGCACUCCAAAGGUGGGGAGCUGGGUUUAGAGGAUAUCCUUGGAUAUUGAUCCAUAUUUCACAGGGUGACAUUGCUCCUCCUGUAGUCCACUGGGAAAUCUCAUUGACCAUCUGGUUCAACCCCAGUAGGCAGUCAGCUCUUGUCUGUCAUGUGUUCAGCUGGUUCACUGCAUGAAGGACAAUGAUCUGUUCAGAAAACAUCACUUAUUUAUUGAGCUUUAUUUUCAUUAAAAAAAAGUUUAACAUUUGUUAAAUAUCAUAAGUUGUUAAAUGUAAGUGGCUUUUUUUCGCAUGAAUGAUCAAAGAUAUAACAGCAGAGAGCUUUAUUCUGUGUCGAAGUAAUCGUGUGAUGUGCACUGUUUUGAUAUAAAAUCUGUUUUACAAUAAUA